UUCCAGUACAAAUUAGUACUGACUAUUGGUUACUUACAAACCUAAUUAUUUGCUGUCAUAAAUCGCGCCAAAAGUUACUUCUCGUGAAAACACAACGACGGGCGAUUGUUUGCGUUCUGUUUUUUAUAUUGAAGAGUUUUUCGGAUUUAUUUACUGUUAGCAAUACUAAACAAAAAACACCAAAAUAAAUGGCGGACCAAGUGAGUUCACCACCUCCAGCAACUCCGAGUGAUGCCGCCGAUCGGCGUGAUUUGCGUGCGGCUAUGACUUCCCCAGUUGGUGACUUCGAACCAUUUGAGAAUGAAGACGAAAUCCUUGGAGAUCAGACUAUUCGAGAAGAGGAAGAAGAUGGAGAAGAGUUGUUCGGUGAUAACAUGGAGAACGACUAUCGUCCGAUGCCUGAAUUGGAUCACUAUGAUCCAGCGAUGCUGGAUGAUGAGGAUGACUUCUCGGAGAUGUCACAGGGCGAACGACAGGCUGCUGAGGCGGAAAUGCGAAAGCGUGACCGUGCACUUGGUAUACAUCGAGAUGAUAGAGAUUUAGGCUUUGACCAAAGUGACGAAGAUGACGAUGUUGGACCGCGGGCAAAGCGUCGUGCCGCUGAGAAAGCUGCUGAAGGUGAAAUGGAAGACGCGGAAAUGAUUGAAUCGAUAGAAAAUUUGGAAGAUACUAAAGGCCAUUCUACAAAAGAAUGGGUUAGUAUGCUUGGACCACGAACAGAAAUCGCCAAUCGCUUUCAGUCUUUUUUGCGCACCUUUGUUGAUGAACGUGGUAUGUACACAUACCGGGACCGUAUUCGACGCAUGUGCGAACAGAAUAAAUCUUCAUUUGUUGUAUCCUACACGGAUUUGGCAAAUAAAGAGCAUGUACUUGCGUACUUCCUACCUGAAGCACCUUUUCAAAUGCUAGAAAUCUUCGACAAGGUGGCUAAAGACAUGGUCUUAUCAAUAUUUCCAACAUAUGAACGUGUUACAACAGAAAUUCAUGUUCGUAUAUCAGAAUUGCCUCUUAUAGAAGAGUUACGGACUUUCCGGAAACUCCAUCUGAACCAGCUGGUGCGUACUUUGGGCGUGGUAACAGCUACAACGGGUGUGUUACCUCAACUUUCAGUCAUCAAAUACGAUUGUGUGAAGUGUGGCUACGUUUUGGGGCCCUUUGUACAGUCACAGAAUACAGAAGUUAAACCUGGCUCCUGUCCUGAGUGUCAAAGUGCCGGCCCUUUUUCGACAAGCACGAUGUACUGUUAUUGCAGCUUCUAAUCCGAUCGGCGGCAGAUAUGACCCAUCGAUGACUUUCUCAGAAAAUGUAAACCUUUCGGAACCCAUUUUGUCACGUUUCGAUAUUCUAUGUGUUGUAAAGGAUGAGUUUGAUCCCAUGCAGGAUCAGCAUUUGGCAAAAUUCGUGGUAAAUUCACACAUUAAACACCACCCGUCCUGCGAAGAAUUUGUAGAGGAUACCCAGACGGCAGGAGUGUCUGAAAUACCACAAGAUCUUUUACGACAAUACAUCAUUUACGCCAAAGAAAACGUUCGCCCUAAACUUACAAACAUUGAUGAAGAUAAAAUAGCCAAGAUGUACGCACAACUUAGACAAGAGUCAUUUGCAACUGGUUCACUGCCAAUAACUGUACGACACAUUGAAAGCGUGAUUCGAAUGUCCGAGGCCCAUGCACGUAUGCACUUACGAGAGAAUGUUACCGAAUCCGAUGUAAGCAUGGCUAUACGAAUGAUGUUGGAAAGCUUUAUCGAAGCACAGAAGUUCAGUGUAAUGAAGAAAAUGCGAGCGGCAUUCCAGAAAUAUCUAUCAUUUCAGAAGGAUCAUUCUGAACUACUGUUUUUCAUUCUUCGCCAGUUAACGCUUGAUCAGCUUGCCUACAUACGCUGCAAAGAGGGACCUAGCGCAACUCACGUUGAAAUAAUGGAACGUGAUCUUACCGAGCGGGCAAAACAAUUAGAUAUAUUUAAUUUAAAACCAUUUUAUGACUCGGAAAUUUUCAAACAAAAUGGAUUUUCAUAUGAUUCUAAAAGGCGGACAAUUCUUCAAAUCGUGACAGAAGCCGCAGUGUAAAGUGUAGUCUGUUUAGCAUUGUUAAUUUUGCUUUAUUUUUUGCCAAAGCAGGAUACUCUCUUCUUUAUUUCUUCAUGCUUUAGUGCUUUAAUAAUCAUUCUACUAUUUUUUAUACCACAACAUAUAAAAAUAUCGAGGGAAAUCUUCCCAUUCCUGAAGUACAAUUUUCAAUAAAAAGUAUGAUUUGUAUAAGUACUAAAAUUUAACUAAUUAGGCUAUUUAACCAUCUGCGACUGAUGUGGUAGUGUGACAGACACCGCAACCCCGUAGCGAAUGUCAUGCAUUAGUCACUUAAGAGUCUUGUACGGAAAAGUUACGUCUUAAAUGACUUUGGGCUCCGUUUGUAUGGAAGUCGGUCAUGACUUUUUCAUAUAAAUGGUAAUUUCGUCGUUGAUGUCAUCUGUAUGACUUUGCCAUGCAGUGAUCAUUGAUGACAUUCAAGCGACAAUAUCCUGCAAUGAACUUUUUAUAAGUGACCGCUGCAAGACAUUGUCUGUUAUAAGUCUUUGAUA